CUAGCUAAGUGAGAUGAUCUGAGAAGAAAACUUGAAAAAUGGCGUCAUCUUCAUCCGCCACGGGCUCGGGGCAACCCGAGGCGGCUUUCUCAAAUUUUAUGACUGAGGUGAAGGCAAUAGAGAAGAGAGAUUCUGCCCUGACCCCCAAGCAGCAAAUUGAUAGAUUGAUCAGACCUGGAAGCACGUAUUUUAACCUGAACCCAUAUGAGGUCUUACAAGUGGAGACAAGCAUGGAGGUUGCUGAUAUCAAGAAAAAAUUUAGAAGGCUUUCCAUACUGGUGCAUCCCGACAAGAACAUGGAUGAUAGAGAUCGAGCACAAAAGGCCUUCGAUGCUCUGAGCACUGCUAUGAAGACUCUGGAAGAUGAAACAAGCAGAAAGAGUGUCCUGGACACAAUUGAAGAAGCCAGACAGAAGACUGAAUUCCUGCUCGGAGAGAAGAGAAAGCAAUUGAAACGUGACGGCAAACCUACUGCAAUAGAAGAAGACGACCCUCUCAAGUACAAGGAAACCCUCCACAAGACGACAGUGAAGUUGUUUGCAGACUACGCCAUCAGGAGGAAGGAGAUCGAAGAGAAGGAGGCAAGGAUUAAGAAGAGAGAAAGAGAAGAAGAGAUCAAGGAGGAAGACAAGACCAAGAAACAGAAAGAAUGGCAGAAAGACUGGGAGGAUGGAAGGGACAAGAGGGUUCACAAUUGGAGAGACUUCACCGACCACAACACUGCCAAGAAAAAGAAGAAAAACAGAAUGACCUUCAAGCCCCCAAAGCCCAAGCUGGAGCAGAGAUAAACUAACUAUUAUGAACAAUUUCACAUGUGUAUUGUAGAACAAUGAGGAUUGAGAUGGCUUUUAAUGGAAAACCCCUACUGGAUAUAGAUGAGAACUCCAGGACAUCGCCUUUUUGGGGGUCUGGUGUAAAACAUUCUUGGUCCUUGAAGCUGUAUAGAUGUUAAUUGGUAUUUUAGAUUGAAACGGCAGGAAACUGGGCAUUGUGUCUGGGAAAAAACCUACUGGAUAAAGACAUGAACUCCAGGAUAUCGCCUUUCUUUGGGUCAGGUAUGAAACCUUCUUUGUCCUUGUAGCUGUACAGAUGUUAAUUGGUAUUUUAGAUUGAAACGGCAGGGAACUGGACAUUGUGUCUUUGAAUGUCUUCUCUGGAGAGUGCCCUUCUACAAGAUCUGUUUAGUUAGUGUUGUCGCAACCCUGUUCGAAAACGUGUGACCUUUUCUCGUGCCGAAUCUUUCUAAGGGAAGGAGAUGGAGAGUGUUACAGAUGGCAGACUUGAAUAACAGUGAAUGAACCUACAAGUAGUCCUCAGACCCAUGACACAAACUUCAUUGAGAUGGUGUAUACAGUAAAAGUCAACUUUCUUGUAGUCUGAUAAUCGGCAAGUUCAAAGCAAAUUUUCAGACCAAAUACAUGUAGUAACCUUGCUACAAAGACAGCUCUGAUUCAACAGACUCAUUUUCAAAGGAGACUUCACAAGUUUCAGGUCAAGCCUCUGUAAUCAAGACCUGUUGAAAUUAUUUUCUUUUUUUUCAAAGAGGCCCAACUGUAUGCAUUUACCAAUUAUAUCACAUUGUUAUCAAUCUUUUAUCCACAACUUUUUUUUAUGUUUCCUAGAAUGCAGAUUUCCAAUGUUCAUGUACUGUAAUGUACAUGUAUCUUUUUUUUUAAUGGCAGCAAUUAUCAAAGUGCCUGACUGAAAAUCCUCCUACUGUAUAUUUCAUUGAAUAGACUAUGAUAAAUGUAUGUCCUUCUUUGAGAUGAUACGUUCUUGCAUCACAUCUUAUACAGAGUUGUUUAUGUUUCAGAUCAGUUGCAGGUGUAAGUUUGAAUAACUCUUAUUGUACAAUGCCUAGUUGUACGCCAUAAAAUGGGGGCCUGAACGCCCAACAUUUAUACUAUUGCACAUGUACAGGCUGUACUGUCCAAAAUGUAGCAUUGCAUGGUAAGAUUAAAUCACAAAAGAAUUCAAUUUAUUGCGCUUAAUGUAGGUACAAUAGCAUAUAUAAGGCCUAUUGGCUGAAUGCUCACUGCUGCUGCAGAUAAAUGUGCUUGAAUCUCGGAGAGAUUUUGCUUCUUGCUUUAAAUAAUCAUGGA